AUGGGGGUCAGACGGGGCCAGACAGUUGGUCGGGGUAUAUUUACGAGAUUAGCUCCUCCAGCUACAUCUGUUACUAGUGGCAGAGGUGCUGCAUGGUCAGGUCUACCAACUUGCAUUCAGUGUGGCAGGAGACAUGUUGGGGUGUGUUGGGGAGCUACGAGAGCUUGCUUUAGAUGUGGAUCUACUAAGCAUAUGAUCAGGGAUUAUCCUAUGACCGUGACUCGUCCAGCUCACCAAGUUGGGAGGCCAGCUCCCUAUGUGCAGAGAGGCAGAGGUAGAGGCCGUAGCGAGGGAUAUGGUACUAGGAGUGAGAGACCAGUUUCUGAGACUGUGGAGAGACCAGAGGCUAGAGCACAGGCGAGGGCUUAUACCAUCAGGACAAGGACUAGGGGAGCAGCGGAUGCGCCGGAUGUCAUGGGCCAGGAGUUGCCUUUUCGGGAGUAUUACGUGAUAUUGGGUAUGGAUUGGCUGGCUAGACAUGGGGUCAUUGUUGAUUGUAGACAUGUAUUUCCCGAGGAUUUGUCUGGUUUUCCUCCUGCGAGAGAGGUUGAGUUUAGUAUCGAGGUUGUGCCGGGUACUGCACCGAUAUCCAUUGCUUUAUACCGGAUGGCUCCCACUGAGUUUAGAGAGUUGAAGAUUCAGAUUCAGGAGUUGCUUGUAUUAUUUGUGAAGAAGAAGGAUGGUACUUUGAGAUUGUGCAUUGAUUAUAGGCAGCUUAAUAAGGUGACACUGGAGAAUCAUUAUCCAUUUGGUACUUUGAGAUUGUGCAUUGAUUAUAGACAGCUUAAUAAGGUGACACUGAAGAAUCAUUAUCCAUUACCUCGAAUAGACGAUUUGUUUGAUCAGUUGAGAGGGGCCACUAUGUUUUCGAAGAUUGAUUUGAGAUCAAGAUAUCAUCAGUUGAGAAUUAGAGAGUCAGAUGUACCUAAGACUGCUUUCAGGACUCGAUAUGGUCACUAUGAGUUUUUAGUGAUGCCAUUUGGGUUGACUAAUGCCCCCAGCAGUGUUUAUGGACCUGAUGAACCGGAUCUUCCAUCCUUAUUUGGAUCAGUUCGUGGUGGUUUUUAUUGA